UUAUGUAACAUGGCUGCCUCCAUAUCAUAAAAUGCUGCUGUAAUUUAUUUGCAUCUGUCAGCCUUCUCGUAGCAGAAACGUGUUUUUACCGAUCAGACCAAACAAUGAAGACAUUCUGUGGUCGAGCUAACCCAACCACGGGGGCCUUGGACUGGGUGGAAGAAAGCGAGGAAUAUGAUUAUCACCAGGAAAUCGCACGGUCGUCUUAUGCAGAUAUGCUGCAUGAUAAGGACAGGAAUGAGAAGUAUUUCCUGGGUAUUCGCGCUGCAGUGCGCAGGGUGAAGUCUCGCGGACAGCAGGCUGUGGUUCUGGAUAUCGGUACGGGGACAGGCCUGCUGUCAAUGAUGGCAGUCAGCGCUGGAGCAGAUUACUGCUAUGCAGUGGAGGUGUUCAAACCAAUGGCCAAUGUCGCCGUCAGAAUAGUAGAGAAAAACGGCUUCAAGGACAAAAUCAAAAUCAUCAACAAGCACUCCACAGAGGUGACUGUGGGGCCAGAUGGUGACAUGCAGAGCCGCGCUAACAUCCUGGUCACAGAGCUGUUCGACACAGAGCUGAUUGGAGAGGGGGCACUGCCCAGCUAUGAGCAUGCUCACAAGAAUCUUGUUCAGACGGGCUGCGAGGCAGUGCCCCACAGAGCCACAGUGUACGCCCAGCUGGUGGAGUCGGAGCGGCUGUGGAGCUGGGCCAGGCUGCUCCCGCUGCGGGUCGGGGGGAGAGAGGUCGUGCCGAACCCAGAGGAGACGAGCUGUGCAGGGGCUCCCACCGUCUGUGACAUCCAGCUGAGCCAGGUCCCUCCCACACACUUUCACCCGCUCAGCCAGGUUCUCCCCAUGUACAGGGUGGAUUUCAGCCGACCCGUUAGCAGCUCCCCAGAACGCCUCACUGCCAGCUUUCCUGCUCUCGGCUCAGGGUCUGCUCAGGUGGUCCUGUCCUGGUGGGACAUGGACAUGGACCCUGAGGGAACCAUCAACUGCUCCAUGGCACCAAGCUGGACUCUCCCUGACCCAGAGAACUUUCCGUGGCGUGAUCACUGGAUGCAGUGUGUGUAUUUUCUCCCUGUGGAAAUGCCCGUGACUGAGGGAGAGAUGGUGCGUUUGACUCUGUGCCACGAUGACUACAGCCUCUGGUACAACUUCCAGUCAGACAACCAGGAGGGCAGCGACAGUGAGCCCCCGAUAUCCCGCCCCCUCUGCACCUGCCAGGCUCACAUGGUGUGGACCCGCCCGCGAUUCGGAGAGCUCAACGACCCCAAGAGGACGGACCGAUACGUUGAAGCACUGAAGUCCAUUGUGCGGCCGGACAGUGUGUGUCUGAAUGUCAGUGACGGGAGCCUGCUGCCUAUCUUCGCACACAUCCUUGGAGCUCACAAGGUUUACACACUGGAAAACUCAAGAAUGUCAAAGAAAGUGAUGGAGCGGGUUCUUGCUGCCAAUGACCUGACUGGUACAAUUCAGGUUCUGGAGAGCCAUCCCCAACAGCUGACCUCAAGCAGCCUCGGGGACGAGCAAGUAUCAGUGCUGAUUGGAGAGCCCUACUUCACCACCAGCCUCUUGCCCUGGCACAGCCUGUACUUCUGGUAUUCUCGCACUGCGCUGGCUGGGCAACUCCGCGAUGACGUCACCAUCCUGCCACAAUCUGCGUCACUCUGCAUGGCACUCAUGGAGUUUAAGGAUCUGUGGCGGAUUAGGGCUCCCUGCGGUUCCUGUGAAGGGUUUGACGUCAGUGUCAUGGAUGAGAUGAUCCAGAGCUCGCUAGAUUUCAGUGAGUCCCGUGAGGCCGAGCCCCACCCCCUCUGGGAGUACCCCUGUCGGGCGCUCUCCGAACCACGAGAGGUCAUGACUUUUGAUUUCCGCCAGAGAGUCCCAGAGGAGGCACUGAAGAGUGAGGGAUCUGUGACAUUGUCCCGGAAGGGGUGGUGUCAUGGGGUAGCGCUUUGGAUGGAUUAUCACCUGACUGAUGAUAUCUCAGUGAGCACAGGACUGACACAGCCACCCAGCCAACAGGGUGACUGUGAAUGGAGUCCCCAUCGCAAGCAGGCAGUAUAUUUCUUUAGUUCCCCCUGGGAGAGUGCAGGAGACAGUGCUUCAUCUGUCACAUACUCGCUCACCUUUCAGCCAGCAACUGGCGACAUCGUUAUGGAGUUUAUACCUGGACCGAGCAGGCAUGCAACAUCAGCCUAAUAUUUUAAGAAAGACAUUUUAGCAGUUGUGUAUUUAAUAAAUAAAAUUAACUGUC